AUGACAGAUCUGAAGCCGCGGGUAAUCAAGAAUAAUGAUCUCUACGUUUUUCAGCUUCCAGAGGACAUUUUGAACUCUUUACAACUGAUGGUCUUUGACAGUUCAGUUGCUGAAGUUGAGCCUGACAAACCAAGCAAUUUCGUUGAAACUAAAAGGGAAUCACCGAAAGAAGAGCAAGGUGUUCUGGGAAGAUGCGGUACUUGUGAAAUUGAAUCGAAACCCGACGGUAAAGAACACUAUAAGACAGAUUUCCAUCGCUUCAACCUAAAACGCAAGCUCAACGAUUUCGAGCCAAUAAGCUUGAGCGAGUUUGAGAAGCUGGUAGAAAAUGACGAUGUCGAGAGUUUGUCGGGGUCAGACUCAAAUUCUGACUCAGAGGACGAUAUUUAUGACGAGGACAAAGACAAGCUUUCGAGCAUCUUGGAAGACCAGCUUGCUAACAUGACAGUUUCUAACGAAGGUGAAAAUUCAAACGAGGAUCAAAGGGCAAGUCAUUUGAACACACGGUCUCCUCAAAUUUUCUUCAAGUCCCAGCUACUACAGAAAGAUGAGGUACUGGCCGCUUAUAAGGCACUUUUUUCGAGGUCCUCCAUCGAAGUAGCCCUGGAGACCAUUCAAAAAUGGAAUCAUUCCAUAUCAGAAAAGCCGAAUGAAGAAGUACCAUAUUCUGCACUGUUUAUGGUCGGAGGUGGGCAUUUUGCCGGUGCGAUCGUGUCUCACAAACGCUUGAACAUAAAGGGAAGCAUGACAAAGAACAACGAAACUCUACAAGAAAGAUCCGUCCAAUUUUUGGAGCACAAGACAUUCCACCGGUAUACUACCAGAAGGAAACAAGGUGGCUCUCAAUCGGCAAUGGACAAUAGCAAGGGGAAAGCAAACUCGGCAGGUUCUUCUUUGAGAAGAUACAACGAAAUAGCGCUCAGAAUGGAUAUUCAGCAAUUGUUGAAUCAAUGGCAGCCCUACUUGAAGAAAUGCCAGAACAUUUUUAUCCGAGCUAAGAGCACCAGCGACAGGAAAAUAUUUAUAGACAGUAAUACCUGUCUCGACAAAAAUGACCAGAGAAUAAGGUCUUUUCCUUUCACAACGAAACGGCCAACCGGUCACGAACUAAAAAAAGCCUGGUGCCAGCUCACCUACUUGCAUGUUAACAACAAACCCAAGGCGGAAGUAAAGAAGGAAGUUGUAACAGAAAAAUCUAAUGAAGCUAAGGCUCCACCACAAAUGUCCGCACCAGAGGUGUCGGAUCCAAACGAAAUUCACACCCGAGAGCUAAUAUCUCUUUUGAAGAAAUCCAGAGCUCCAGCGCUGAUAUCGUAUCUUCGCAAAAACAACCUGGACGUAAAUUUUGCGCUAAAGCCGGCUGAUGAGUACUUGCAAACUCCCACAAUGUUGCAUUACGCGUCUCAACAAGGCUUAAGAAACAUGGUGCUCAUUUUACUGAGCAAUCUGAAAUGUGAUCCUACUAUGAAAAACGGUGCUGGAAAGACUUCUUGGGAUUUAACGAAAAAGACUGACGUCAAACAGGCUUUUCAAAUGGCAAGAUAUAAUUUGGGUGAGCAGUUCACCAACUGGGCUUCUUCGGGCGUUGGCGAGCCCUUGAGCAGGGAAGAUGUGGAGUCGAUUAAUGAUCAAGAAAAGAAGCGUUUGGACUCAGAACAGGCGCAUUUGAUAGAACAGGAAUUGAGCGCUGCAAAAGAAAAACAAAGACUAGACAAGGAGGCCAGACGUGGUCCCGGGAAGAUUCUCAUGCCUCAGAUUUCUUCAUUACAACGAAACACUAACUCUUUGAAUGACGACCAGCGCAUGCGGCUAAUGAGGGAGCAACGAGCGCGGGCUGCAGAGGCCAGAAUGAAACUCAAUGCGAAUAGAUGA